AUGCUCCCUACGCCAUACCAUCUGCAGUGGUCAGAGGAGCUCAUACGACAUGUGGAACUGCGGUUGCGGCAGCUGCACGCAUGUUUAAAUGAAUUCUACCAGAAGAACAACUACAGCACCGCUUCGUGCACGGGUGCACAGGCGCUCGAUAGCGUUUCUGAGCCAAUAGGACAAAAUGCAACCGACCCCGUGCAGGCUGCAGGAAGCUUUCUACUGCGUACGUGUGUGCACUCCACGCCCUUCUACGAAACGCAACUGAAACGUGGCGUAGGUGCGGAUCUCGUACUCACUGUGCCGGAGGAGGUGUGUUCACUCAAAGACGUUCAGAUUGGUUUGUAUCUGGAUCGGCGACAUGAGUUUCUGUUGAAGGUAGAGAGGUUCCUACGUAAAUAUGCGAAGCGUAUGGUUCAGGAGGAGACAGGAAAAAACGGUGGGGCUAGUGAAGGUGGAAGAAAUGGAGACGGUAGUUCGGAUGUUAAGGAAGAUGGGAGACAAAGGCGAAAAUAUAUACGGUGGGAUAUCCAGCGCGUUCCCUUCGGUGACUGCUGGGUUAAUGAAGAGAAGUACAUAAUUCGUAUUGUCUUUCUCAGGGACAGCAGCAACGCGACGCGACGCGAGGUAUUUCACGUGGAUCUGCAUUUCCAACCAAUAUCUGUAUCAGGGCGCAUCGCCAGCGUAGCAGCCAUCCGCAAACACCCCUACUACAGUCAUCUUGUGCUGGAAGACGCACUCAUGACUACUCAUCUGCGCAAGUUGCACAACCUAUUUUCCAAUAGCAACUCCCUUCAGCGCGCGGCUGUGUUCCUCAACUGCUGGGCACAUCACACUGGAAUAAUGGCCCGUACUUCAGGGCAUCCUGAGGCACUCAGUGGCUUUCAUCUCUCUGCGGUCAUAUUGCGGCUCGUGGAAGAAGGUGUUGUAUCACCAAGCAUGUCGGAGGAGAACGUUGUGCGUGCCGUAUGGGUCUACCUUUCGCGCGGUUUGACAUUGACAGAGAGCUACGCUACUCUCAACAAUGACGGAGAGGGCAAAAACCACGAAGAGGUUGCGGGUGCUUUAUCACUGGGUAAUCGAAGUGACGUGGCCGUUCUGCGUCUUGAGGGAGAGACUAUGAACCUGCUAUUUCGUACCUCCACAUCCUUCUUAAAACAGGUUGUUAAAAAGGCUGCGGACGAUGCAAUGCAGUACCAGCGCUCCUCAGAGGUGCUACUGAAAACUCCCUUUCAGCCACUGCAAUUAAGUAUGGAUGUUUGUCUCGUGGUUUCUGGCCUUGAGGCUCACUUUGCAGAGACAAAUUCUGCAGGGAACGGGAAAACGGGGGGUGCCGCAUAUUUAAGACCGGAGGAAGUCACGCAGAAACUUUAUUUGGUUGUGUGUGAGGCCUUAGGUGUGCGUGCGAGUUAUGUAACAAUGUGGCGCCGGAGUGCCGAUGCUGCACAUGUCGCUGUCCGGCUGGCGACCGAAGCUGAAGGUCGCAACCGCCUAACUCGUGGCCCACCAUUGGAAGAUACGGAAGCCGUCAGCCGCUUCAACAACUUCUGGGGUAACGAUAUAACAUCAACGCGGCAAUUUCCCGACGGUGGAAUUUACCGAUGCGUACUGUGGACAUUUGACCAUGAUGCUGCUAGCCACGCUAUUGUGCUUCCAGCUACAACAGUUGUGCGACGUGUGGUUCAAUUUGCUCUAGAGAAGCACAUUGGAGCGUCUGCACGUGUUGCAGUGCUGCUGAACGGACUUGAGGGUGUUUUGGCGGAGCGUGUUGGCGCAGAGUGGCGCGACACAGCGCCGCUGGUGGAGAAGUCACUUCUGGACGCCUGCCGAGCCGUCGAAACAAUGGUGGUGGAUAUCCCACGCACUGCACUGCCGUGCAAAAUUACCUCUUUGGAUAUCGUCUCAGCCAGCGAACGUCACACUGCAACGUUCCCCGUUCGUCCCCACAUUGCGCUCACGUACACAACUGAUGACAUCACCCAACCAUGUUUUGCCGGACUCAGUGUUGCGCCCACCAUCGAGCCAGUGCACGGCGUAUUGACAAUUGACGACAGGAACAAAAUUCCCGACACUGUAGAAGCUAUCGCAACAAUGAAGGGAGCUAUUUGUGCUCAACUUUCAAAGGUACUACAGGAACAAUAUGGAGACGACGAAGGUAAGGUUGAUGGAGGAACAUCCAUCGAAGGGAAAGAAGGAAAGUUAAAAAAAGAGCGUGAAGAGCAUAUCAGCCGUCAAGGAGAGGGGGAGACAUGCGGCAAAGAAACUGAGAAGUUGCAUAUACGGUCAUCGUGCACAGCUCAUUCGGUGGAUAUCAUUUUCAAGGGCUAUCUCUUCCGACUCUAUAUAGCCCACUACCGUGAAGUGUCUCUUCUAAGAGCCCUUGGACGCGAGUCUGAAGCAUCCACGAUUGAGCGGAAGCUUUUUUGGAGCGCACAGCACGCCAAAUUUCUCCGCACAAUAUCCUUCGGACACAGUAGCUACGCCACAGCCACACGCAUCGCUAGCCGGUGGAUGAGUGCCAUGCUCUUGUAUGAAUUUAUUGUCCCGGAGGCGGUGGAGCUUCUAGUUGCUAAUGCAUAUUUGGGGGCCGUGCCCCCCAAAACUCCCGCAAGUGGGUUCCUGCGUUUCCUACAGCUGCUAGCUUGUCAUGACUGGAAAGAGCCACUUGUGCUUCCGUACUCAAUGGACAGCAAAGAGCAGGCUGAAGCAGCAGCACUUGUGCGCUCCAUGGGUGAAGAACGAGGUAUGUUCAUUGCCACACCUUACGCACCAUUGGAAAGUCCUUUCACAGUGCAUACACCGAGACCUUUAAUCGUCCAUCGCGUUGUGCAGCUCGCGAAGGCAGCUCUUUCGGUACUUAUUGACCUGGUUAGUGAAAACGAUUCUCCGUCACACCUCGAAGCUGCUGUCUUCACGCCCAAUCCCAGUGACUUUGACUUCCAAAUGGUCCUGCACCCAUGCCUACUUCUACAAACGGACCGUCUUAUCGCACCUCCUUCCAUUGAAAAGGUUAAAGCAGCAGGGGCGAACGGCGUUGGGAGUGGCAUCUCGGGUGCAGGGACAGUGGCAGGAGAGUCGACAGAUUCUCCGGCGACAGCGCGAGUAUGGAGGUUAGAUGAGCUGGAGGCGGCGAAGAGCCGCAUUUAUAUUAGUGAACUUGUUGAACGAGAGCCGGCGGCUCAUGUGGUAAGGAGUGUGCGCGCCGCUACGAGGGACCGCUCAAUGGUUUUCUACGAUUGUCUUGCCCCUCGUUCCAUCAGUGUAAUUACUAUUACUUCGCAUGCACCGCGGAACCACUGCAGCAAACUCCACGAUGAUAUCCUCCGUAUUAGUCGCGGUGCUCUGCUGCCGACCGCACUGAGGUCGCUCACGUCCGAGGAAGAGACUGCAACCAAUGAAGUUAUGGAGACAAAGGGGGUCUCGUCCCGUGUGCAUAAUGUAAUGGAUAAGGACGCCAUUGUGGCCGCGGCUCGCGGUGCACUGCGCAGAAAGAGAUCGAACAUAAAUGAGGGGAAAGAAGGUAAGAGUUCAAAGCGGCCCCGGCGGGAGGGCAGCAAGACGAAGUUAGAAGUCCGACAGUCGCAGCAUGACAGCCGGAAGAGCAGUGCAGAUAAGGGUAAGAAAAGGUCAGCGGUGGCUGAGCAGGAUGGAAAAAGUAAGGGAACGAAUGGAGAAACAAAUAAGAAAACUGAAAAAGUAGCGAAGAGAAAAGUGAAGUAA